CCUCGUUCCUCUGACACUGCAGAUGAAACAAGUAACAAAUCGACUUGGGCUGAUCGGAUCUGUCUAGUUCAUUCCAGCUUGUCUCCGGUCCACUCGCCCCAGCCACCUUUCGGCCUCCCAUUGGCUCUGUUCCGCUAUAUUAGACACUGACUUCAUAGCCCUCCCUGCCUUGAGCAGCCAACUCAUCAGCCGAAACCCCUCCCCUUCCCAUCCCAAAAUAUUUUCCUGUUGUCUAUGAAUCCUCAGGAUACAUCUUCAUGGCCAGUAUGAUGCAUAGGCCUCAAUUUCAGAAGCCCAAGGAGGGCCAACGAAAGUUCUCCCCGCCUGGCCCGACUUACAUGUCCGACGACCAGAUUGCAACCUAUCUGAAAGAUUUGCGGACAAAUCGUCCUACGCGCCCUGGCGGAUCUAGGCCACUUCCCGCAAGACCUGCUGCAGCGCCUUCUCAUCCUCAUGACGACCUACCUCCGCGAGCGGCAUCAGCGAUGUCGUCUUAUGGUCCAUCGCGGAUGCAAUCUAGCCCGCCCACCGCAGAGGCCGGAUUCCCCCGGGCUACCAGUUCGCUUUCUAACCAUAGACCAGCCUCUUCUUUAGGAGGUCCCACCGGACGUCCCUUGGUCCAGGAACCGAGGACGAUCCCGAUUAGGCAAACCGUAUCACCGGCAAGGGCUUUCUCUCGUGUGGAACAGAUUUCCUCAAGGCCUACGUACCGUGAGAACCCCCAGCGACGCAUAGAAAAGGAAGAGGCCAGGUCCUUGCGUGAUGCCUUGCAGGAGGUGGAUCUCCAUGAUGAGCACGAUCUUCACGCCGCUGCCCAAGAUGAGGCCACCGAACUGGUAUGGAUGCAUCAACAUCCAGGUGUACCGUACAAGAACCCAUAUGCGCCUUACCACAACCCCGACUUGAGCGAUCUGCAACAGAGUCCACCAAGGAAUAGCUUCGCUUCUCAGAAUGGUGGUCCCAGCUCCCCAACAGCACGCAGGGAUAGCCGUCGAGUUGUCUAUCAAGGAUCGACCGUCAGCCAUACCGGGACGAAUGGCUUCCGGGGAAGUGAUAGAAAGUCUACGUUCGGCGGCGACUCGCAAGCCAUUUUGGAAGAAGCUUCAAGCCCGCCAAAGAGUCCAACCAAAGGAGGAAGCCUGCGAAGUGGCUUGAAAGUCAAUUUUGCACUACCCCGGGAAGGGGAGCCAUCAGUGGCCUCGGGCGACAGCCAUGGGUUAGGUUUGACGAAUGGCAGCAACGAAACAUCAAGAGGUAUCUUCAGAAACCCCAACGACCAGAUCUACGAAGAGCCCCAUCUCUCUCCUCGGAAGGAUGAGGGUUCUCGUUUGAUCUUCUCUAGAUCCGAAUCAUCUGCCUUGAGGAAUAAACCCCGCAAUGCGCUUCCUCGCGGGUCCCGGCCCCUGCCUGGUCGCUUUGGUAGUCUCUCUUUUGUUGAUAAGCUCUCCCGCUUCGAGAUCCAUAAGAAUCCUCCGAGCCAAACGAGGAAUCCUGAGUAUACGACGAACGAGCCUCAUUCCCAAGAAGCGCCGCCUGCAACUGAGGUUCAACAGCAGGAGGUCCCAACGAAAGAUGGCCUGGAGAUCCGCAGUGAUGAACUUCGGGCCGCGACGAGCAAGAAACUCAGAGAUCGCAGCACUAGACUCCCUAUGCCGACUGCAGUGAGCGACCGAGCUGGCCGACCCAUAGUGAGCUUCGAUCCCACAUGGAAACCUACUGAGGCGCAAAGCCCUCCCAAGCGCGACAGAGGCUGGGACGCAACACCGCAGCCACCGCCUUCCGCGCCCACGAUUGAAGUGUCCGAAGCACCAUCCGUACCAGUGAUAAAUCUUCCGGAUGACAAGGAGCCCACCAUUUCUGAGAUCUCUGGCUCGCAUAGGGGCUCAGGAAUGGCCGUGAAGCCAUCCCCGACCCCGCUUAAGAGUAAUGCAGGCCUGAACCGGCCCCCUUCAAAGACCGCCACAGCAUCACCGAGCCGCUGGCUGUCAACUUACACACGCUCCGGAGUUCCUACAGCCAAGUGUGAGAGCUGCUCGCUGCCAAUUGCUGGAAAAAUUGUGACUGCUGCUGGCACGCGAUUCCAUCCGGAAUGUUUUGUGUGCCAUCAUUGUCAGACUCCUCUCGAGUGCGUAGCGUUCUACCAGGAACCCGACGCGAAGAGAAACGAGCGAUUGGCUGAGUCACCAGCUGAUGAUGAAGAAGCUCACGCAUUGAGAUUCUAUUGUCACCUUGACUUUCAUGAGCUGUUCAGUCCCAGGUGCAAGAGCUGUAAGACUCCAAUAGAAGGGGAAGUGGUUGUGGCGUGCGGAGCCGAAUGGCAUGUCGGUCAUUUCUUCUGUGCUGAAUGUGGUGAUCCUUUCAGCUCAGAAAAACCAUUCGUGGAGAAGGACGGGUUUGCAUGGUGCUUGCAAUGCCAUUCCCGCCGUACGGCCCCUCGAUGCCUAGGGUGCAAGAAGCCUGUUCUAGAUGAUGUCGUGAUCUCCGCCAUUGGCGGGCAGUGGCAUGACCAGUGCUUUGUCUGUCAUGAGUGCGGCGACGGGUUCGGUCCUGAUGGCCGGUACUUCGUCCGAGAGGGCGAGCCCAAACGAACGGCCAAGGGCCGUAUCAUCGGCGGACCUGUCCAACUAGCCGUGUGUGAAAGAUGCGAAGGCAUCCGGCUGAAGGCAUCUCCUUGAGGUCAGCCACCGCAACCCGCAUAAAUCCUGGUUCGAUUCACCGCGGUGCGAGUUGAUACAUUCUUUCUCUUCUGGGAAUGAUGCGAGCCGGUGGCUCCACAAUUUACCACUCUCCCGUCGCAGUGCUGUUCAUCGAUUGAGACAGGCUGUUGUUAUACAAUCUCUGGCCAAGUGCCGUUCUCGCUUUAUUUCUCUUUUGUUGAUUGCCGACUUACUAUAAAUCCACCAUGUCAUAUGCAUAGCAGCAAGCGGGAGUUCAGCACGCAGUAUAUUUGACACAAUGUAUGAGCAUGAGAAUCUUUGUUUUAUGUUUGCGUUACGGCCGUGUUUUCUACAGGAUGUUUUGAUUUUGGCACGUUGCAUUAUUUCUUUAGUUCUCGAAG